AAGUGGUAUAAUAUAUGCCUUGACAACAUUGAACAUUGCCCUCACUGUGAAUUGAAAGGUGGAAUACAGCGACAAGAUGGCUUCGGUUUUCAGCGAUAUCGAAAUGGGGCCUCCAAUAGAGGUUUUUAAGAUGGUUGCAGAAUUUAAUGCGGAUCCACACCCAGAGAAAGUGAAUCUAAGUGUCGGCGCAUAUCGCGGUAACGAUGGAAAACCCUGGGUGCUGCCAGUCGUGCGCACAGUGGAGGCUCAGAUGGCGUCAGAUCAGACCUUGAACCAUGAGUACCUGCCAGUAGCUGGUCUACCGGACUUCAGAACAGGGGCGUGUAAGAUGAUUUUGGGAGAAGAAGAUCCUGCAAUUGUUCAAAACAGGGUGGCAGGCGUUCAAGCAUUGGGAGGAACAGGUGCCCUUAAAGUGGCUGCAGAUUUCCUGAGGCAGAACAUGAAGUAUGAAUAUGUCUAUGUAUCCACACCAACCUGGGAAAACCACAAGAGUCUGUUCACUAAAGCCGGGUUCAAAGUGAAGGAACACCGCUAUUGGAACGCCAAGACCUGCAGCGUCGACCUUGAAGGCAUGUUAGAGGAUCUACGGACUGCCCCACCAAAGUCUGUAGUGAUCCUGCACGCUGUGGCCCACAACCCGACAGGUACCGACCCCACUCAAGAGCAGUGGAAGCAGAUAGCAGACGUCUGUGAAGAGAAGAAACUCUUCGUUUUGAUGGACUGUGCAUACCAGGGCUACACCUCAGGCGACCUGGAUAAGGACGCCUGGUCAUGUCGGUACUUCUCACAGCGGGGCUUUGAGUUCUUUAUCGCCCAGUCCUUCAGCAAGAACUUUGGCCUUUACAACGAGCGUGUGGGUAACCUGUGCGUGGUGUGCAAGGACUCUGAUUCCAAGUCGAAGGUUCUGUCCCAGAUGGAGCUGAAUGUUAGAGUGGUCUGGUCAAACCCUUCCAACCAUGGUGCCAGGAUUGUUGCCACAGUACUCAACAACCCUCCACUCUAUGCUGAAUGGCGUGAGAGUAUCAAGACGAUGGCAAACCGUAUCCUGUUCAUGCGGGAGCAGCUUCACCAGAAGUUGAAGGCUAUCGGUUGCCCGGGAAACUGGGAUCAUAUCGUGCAACAGCAGGGCAUGUUUAGCUAUACAGGACUGAAUGAACAUCAAAGUGAGCAGAUGGUGAAGCGUUUCCAUAUCUACAUGUUGAAGUCAGGCCGUAUCAGCAUGGCCGGUCUCAACUCACAGAACUUGGACUACGUUGCCAAGGCGAUCAACACCGUGGUUACGGAGUCCAUGGGACAGGCACAAAGCAGGAUAUGAAGAAUGAGUGAAUAGGAAUGAAAUAAACUGUAAUCCAGCAAUUUACUGUGUUAACCCGAUUGAACUUGAUCACUGUACAUACAUUGAGCCUUUAUCUGGGAAAACUGGACUUAAUGCAUGUGCAUUAAGUGUUGUCCUAGAUUAGCAUGCGCAUUACUGCGCAUUACUGCACAGGCUAAUCAGGGAUUACACUUUCAGCCAAGACUUGAUUUUUGUUAAGAAGAGACUUCCUUUUAAUAAAAAAUACCAUAAAAAGCAAAAAGUAUUGUAUCUGAUAAGCCUGUGUGGACUACACAGACUAAUCUUGGAAACACUUUAUUCCGAUGCAUUAACCAAAGUUUGACCAGAACAAGGCUAAACUAGUAAAAUAAUACGUUUAAUCAUUCCCCUGCUUUGAUUUUAUCAACAUGCACACUUUCUGCUGGCUCCUUAUGUUUGAUGUUUUUGAAUACUUCAAUUCAGUUAACUGGGGCAAUUGUGUGACUUAUUUUUAGCUCGGCGUUUUCGGAGAAAACGCGAGGUAUUGUCAUAGCCAGCUCGUCGACGUCCGCCGUCCGCGUCGUGCUAAAACCUUAACAUUGGCUCUAAAAUCAAAGCGCUUCCACCUACAACUUUGAAACUUCAUAUGUAGAUGCACCUUGAUGAGUUCUACACGCCAAACCCAUUUUGGGGUCACAAGGUCAAAGGUCAAGGUCACUGUGACCUCUCAAAAAAAUAAAAAUAAGUUCUGACAAGCUUUCAUUUAUUCAAAACUGCACCCGUAGCCGAGCGUGGCACCCGUUAUGCGGUGCUCUUGUUUUAUUUUUAAUUCUGUUAGGAAGUGGUGAAUAAAUAAUGUGUUUACCUGUGUGUAGUUUUUUGGUAUGUACAUAACAUAAACACAAGUAACAAUAAUGUUAAUUUUCUAUUUUUGGUUCCUUCGAAAUAGUUUGUCUGUUUUGUAAUGUUUAGUUGAAUCUAUUCAGUUUUAAAGUCAUAGUUGCUUCCAUACUUGUGUACUUGUAUAGUUCUGUUAUACCUCUUACAUCUGGUAAUGUCUCUCUAAUUAUUUUUAAAAGGCAUCAAUUAUAAUACUUAUGUAUUUUGCAUGUUUGAACUGCCUUUUUUCAAGUUAUGUGUUGUUUUAUUGAAGUAUAUUCCAUGAAAAUGCUAUUUAAAAGCGCAAAAAUGUCUGUUGAACUACUGGGUAUGUUAAGCAUUUAUCUUUUAGAUACCAAUUAUGUUAUUUUAAUUUAUUCAAGUCAUUAUUUAGGGUUGUAUGGCAGUUCAGUAUUACAGAUUUAUUGUAACUAGUCUUUUUAAUCAAAGUAUCCUGUAGUCUGUAUACACUUACCAAAUGUAUAAUUUCUCACAGUUUCGUUUUAAGUCACUAUUGUUAAAUGAAAACAUUGUGGUGUUAACAUUAGACAAAUUGAGCCGCGUUCUGAGAAAAUUGGGCAUAAUGCUUGUUCGUAAAGUGUCAUCCCAGAUUAGCCUGUGCAGUUCGCACAGGCUAAUCAGUGACGACACUUUCCGCUUUUAGGGUAUUUUUAGUUUCAAGGAAGUCCCUCCUUACCAAAAAUCAAGUUUAGGGGGAAAGUGUCGUCCCUGAUUAGCCUGUGCGGACUUCACAGGCUAAUCUGCGAUGACACUUUCCGCACAAGCAUUAUGCCUAGUUUUCUCAGAACGCGACUCAAUUAAUGCUUCCCUAUUGUGGUUUUAUUAAACAUCCCCAAUUUGCUGUGAACUGGAAUUUAAUGAGGCCUUGAAGGGUUGUUUAGUAUUUGUUAAGUAUUUGUUGUUGUUUUUUCUACCUUUUUUAAAAGUACAAUUGCAAAUCAUGGUUUGAAACUCGAGGACUUUAUAUGCACUUGAUAGUUACUGUUUGUAUUAUUUCUAUAGCAAUUAAAAUGAGUCUGAAAUGUAUAUAGAUAGAAGCCAUUUUCCUUAAAAUCACAUUUAUUGUAUGUGUUUUGCUGUAAGAUUCCUAUAAGUAAUUUACAAUCAGGUUUUUUAAAUAUUCAAUCUUUAAAUCUUUUUUUAACAAGUUUCCACUGGCUGUGCCUGUUUAUAUUAUGUGCGUUAUAUUUUAGGAAUCAUGUUUACCGUGUGCUAUUCUGCUACAGCUUACUUCCAUUACAACAAUACAACCUUUUGUAGUGUAGUUACUUACCUAAUAUAGCUAGUUACCACAUGCCAAUUCAUUAAUAACAACAGCAUGUAUGUGAAUUACCAUAAUACUUUUGUAUGGGCGGUGCUCUGUGAAAAGGGGGUUUAAUGCAUGUGCGUAAAGUGUUGUCCCAGAUUAGCUUGUGCAGUCUGCACUGAAUAAUCAGGGACGACACAUUCCGCCUAAACUGGAAUUUGCUUGGAAGAGACUUUCUUGAAACGAAAAUUAUGAUUAAAGUGGAAAGUGUCGUCCCUAAUUAGCCUGUGUGGACUGCACUGGCUAAUCUAGGACAACACUUUGCGCAUCAAACCCCCUUUUCACAGAGCACGGCUCAUAUAUGAUCUGUUGUUUUUGUUCUUUUCAUUUAAUGAAACCUCUAACAAAUGAAAUUCUACAGGUUUGUUGUGAGCUUAUAUGACGUAGAUUCUGCCCUAGUCUUUGGUGGAUUAUUUAAUAAAUGUGUAGAUUAUUUCUACUCCUCGUCAUGUAUUAAACAGCGAUGUAUGACUAGUUUUAUAUAGUAGUAUUAUUUGAAUAUCGUGUAGUCAGCGAUUGUUGUCGGCUGUGGUAUAUUGUAGUUAUAAUUGUUUUGGUUUAACGAGAAUAAACUAUGCAUUUUGAUAUGCAAGAGAAGUAA